GACCUCUCCAAAACGAUCUCAUACCAAUGGCGUUUGCUGUUUGUAGAGGAACGUAAAUUCUGGGGCAAACUCACGAAGCAGAGGAAGAAAGAGCACGAGGAGAUGAAUACCCAUGGUACGUCUAUCGAUUGUUGUGAUUUGCUAAGGUAG